AACCAAAACAAAUUUUUCAUUUCUUCUAUACUUGAUCUGAGUACUUGAUGUGAGAAAUUGAAAAUGUACAUAUUUUUCGUGUGAAAAGAUUUAAACAGUAUUUCUGCUCGGCCGGAAUUGCGUCAUUACGUCAUUACGUCUCUAGUGGUUAGGAACAGGAUUCUACCUUCUACCACUGAUUAUCAUGUCCGUUGACAGUGCUAGAAAUCCUUUCAUCGAUCUUCCGCUCGAUGCUGGUGCACCGAGCAAUGUUCAAGAUGAUGCUACUCCGGAAGCUCCCGGUCCUGAUGGCGAUGAACUCGAAGAUAUUCCGGCUACGAUGACUGAAUCGUAUAGCGAGAUCGCUUACACACAAAACUUCUUCGGAUCAUCUAAUGUGGACGAGCAGUACGGGGGUAGCUCUAACAAUCCAGGCUCUGGAUCAUCCUCGUCGUCGUCUUCGCAAACUCGGAAACGACCGGAUUCGCUGAUUUGCGAUAAAAUAAAAGACGUCAGUUUUCCGUAUAAUUUGGAAGGAACAGUUCGAGUAGACGGCAAUAUGACACAUUUUGUUGCUGAAAACUUAGAGUAUAAAAUAAAGCUAGCAAGUCCGGUCACCGUAACCCGUAAAGAUUCGUGUAACAUCUCCGGAUCCCGUCAGAGUACCCCGUCGGCUGCUAACGGUGGCUUGGGUGUCCCUAGCAGUUAUGGUAUUAUGCCCAAAGCUCCCCAUUUCAAUAGGAUCGAUCCGAACGUAUUGAAUGAAAUCGAGCGGGAGGCACAAUCGUUGGCUGCUUCCGUGGAUAAUCUCACCGAAAGUCUCUGUUCGGUGCUGCACUCGAUCUCUUCCAUCACGGCAGAUAAUGUGGAAAUUUACAAAAAUGCUGUAACGAAAUUAACCGACUGCAUGGAUGCCAACAUCAAGUGCAUGUACACCAUCAUGGCCAAGGCAGAAGAGAUAUCGAAAGCGAUUAAACCUGCGGAAGCACUGGCUGCGAGGAUACGAGAGAUAAAACGGCUGGUAGACAUGUUUGAGAGUAAUAUAUGAAGUGACGUAGUUCGUAAUCCACAUCAGCUUUCGCAUUCCAUCUCUCUUAAUAAUUAAUUAGUUCCUCCUAUGGCGAUGGAUAGCAACUGGUGUUUGCUUCCACAUGUGUUUGUUUUGUUCGUGAUAGAUAUAAUUUAAUUUAACUUAUUUUAGCUAAGAUUGCUUUACAGCCUAACCCAAGAGAUUAGAUUCGUGUUUUAUUACAUCCGCUAUGUUGUCAGUAACGAA